AGCGCCUUCUGGUGGUGCUUCUGUUGCUGCAUCUACUCGGCGAUUCUUAGCGGCCAACCGCAGCAGCCUACUAAGACGUUGGCGACGACUGCAGCAACAACAAGUGACGAACGGCUGCUGGAAGAAAGUUGGGCCUGAGAGAACUUUUCGUGUACGUACAAUUUUCGUGUAAAUUUGCUGCAUUUUUUUACCCCACUCGUGCCGGGGGUAAAUUUUCCUCAAGUGCUGUUUGUGCGACUGUUUGCAAUGUUUACACUUCUUUAAUCCCCCCCCGUAGGAGGAUUAAGCAACGGAGAAAAAAAAACUUUCAGAAACAAAAACACCGCCAGUGAAGGAAACAACUGUGAACAACAAAUUGAAAAAAAGUGCAACUGGAGUUUACAACUUUGACGGCAAAUUCAAUUGAAUUGUUCUCGCGAAUUUGGGUGAAUCAAGCGAUUAUUUCACAAACCCCGAAAAGUGAGUGAGAGGAAAACUAUAAAAAUUAAAACAAGCAAAAAAAAGGCAAGCUAAAAGAAAGUUCAAAUCAUCCGCCAGAACCAGACGGUUGAAGAAGCAAGAGCGGAAAAUAAACACACAACAAAAAAGAGUUCAAACGAAUAAAACAAUCAACAUUGCAAAGUGAAAAAAAGGAAACAAGAAAAAUCAAAUCCGCGAGUUGCUGAUACGGAUGCUGCAAGAGUAAGAGAGUGAGAGAUCGUUGUCCGAUUGUGGUGAAACAACAGAAAAUCUCGUCGUGGCGAAAACGGUCGGAGAGCCAAAGGGCAGAAUCUGCAGACGAAGAGUGGUGAACUGAACCAGAAGCAGUGGCAGAAGUUGGUGCUGGCAGACAGUUACAGGAAGGAGAACCUUUUGGCCCCGCCGGGAACGUUUCGUAACGAGUACCUCUUGGCGCUAGACGCCACCAACCACCGACAGGGCACUUCAUCCGUCGUCGUCAUCUGUAUUCGUUUGAACCUCCCACCAGUCCACGAUCCCCGCUCCGGAUGAACGAUGUUCACGCUGUCCAAGCUGCCCACCGCCGAAGAUGACCUCAGCCUGUCCCUGUCCGCGUCGUCCAGUAACGGUAACGGUAGCCACGGCAGCAGCAGCGGUAGCAGUUCUAGCCACAGCCCCGAUAGCGCCGGGUCCAUCGCCGCCUCCGCAGCCGUCCAACACCAUCACCACCACCACCAGUCGUCCCAUCCCGCCGGCGACCUGGAUCCGUCCGGAAGCUCCGAAACGGUGGCAUCCGCUGCCGUGCCAACCGCGUGGAACCUCGAGCUGGACCUGCCCCCACCACUGAUCGAGGACGACAUGCAGGUCAUCGAUACGAUCGACUCGUUCGGGUACUGGGACGGAAAGUUUGUCCCGCCACCGCCGAGGCCACCGUUUCUGGAGGAAUCGAUUGCGCCCGACGGGCUGACCACGUGCGAUUUGUGCAGCUGGGCCUGGCAGGACAAGGGCACGCUGUCGCUGGAUGGCGCUAUUAAGGACAUCUUUUCCCCUACCUCAGACACCAAGGAGUUCAGCUGGACGUUCACGCUGGUCGUGGUCUCGCUUACGUCGGCCGUCAUCGGUGCCAUCAUAAUGAUUGUGUUUAUGAGGUGUAAAAGAAUCCGCGCCAACCAGAACGGCAUCCGGACGUUGUGCUUCGACUCGAGCAGCACCAAGGACACGGCCGGGCUCAACUUUGACAACCAAACGUCCAAGAACUCUACGAACGGCUCGUGCAGUCCGCGGAGUACCAACUCGGGCCUGUGGACGUGGUUCAGCAGCCGGAAGAAUCUGGCCACGCCGGACCAGCUGGUCAACUCGCAUACACUGCCGGUGGAGAACCACUACACCCACAUGGACGACGCCAACUACAACCCGGUCCAGAUCGACGAGGCCAGCUACGCCGAGGUGGGCAACGAGAUCUCGGAGACAAACUCGUACAAGUCGAGCUCCGUGCAUCAUGGAGGCGACAACGACAUCCUCAUCAUGAACUGUCCGCUGCCGGCGAUUCCCACCGGAGGGCCCUCGUCCCAUCACAGCGCCAGCCAGGGCGGGGCUAGUGGCAGUAGCAGCGCGUACUACUCCGGCCUGCUCAACAGCGGUCCGCACGGCUUGAGGGGACAUGGCGGUGGCGACGACGACGACGAGGACGAGCGGCCGUACGAGAUCGUCGACCUCAAGGAGAUGUCCUCGCCGCACAAGAGUGGCCACAACGUGCAGAGUCAUUUCCUGAACGAAACCAACAAUCUGCUGACCAUCGAGAAGCACUCCGAGGGCCUGCCGGAGGGGACCAUUUCGGCGUCGGAUUAUGUUUGAAGCAAUUGAGUUUUUCAAUGUGUAUAGAGUUGCGCGCGCAGCAUAAUCAGUUCAAAUGUUCGUUUUAAGCUAGACUUUUGUGUAUAGUUUCCCCUUGUUCUACGUAGCUCAGUGUGUACUAUUUAUUUAGCAAGCUUAAUUAAGUAAGAUUUGUGUACUAACUUAUAUACAAACAAAACAAUACAAACUGUUAUCCAAGUCUGAACAACAUUCCGUCACACUACCGUAACUGACCCAAGUUUCGUCCCCAUUCACGUGUAGCAACACUAGAAAGAAUGAACAACCCAGUGUGCGUGUGAUCCUAUGUAGCCUUAGAAUCGAGAAGAAAAAAAUCAUAAACAACAGGAAUCAACAGAAACAUCAGUACUAGUAGAGAAAUUGUAUUUUUACAUGUUUAAAUCGACAGCAUUUUGCUAUUAGAAACCACAAACAGCGCUCCCCUCUAUUUACGAGGGACGCCAAACACAACGAGCUCGAACCAUAUUGUAAGCAAUUUUACAACAAUUUUUACAAA